AUCCCUUUUCUUCAUUUUAACAAAACAGCCCUCCUGGAAGCCUUGUUUAAUUACUUUCAAGCCUUUUAAUCUCUACAUAAAACUAUAACAAUUACACAAUGGCUGAUAGUGCUGCACCCGAUUCCACUUCAAACAAAUUUGAUCGCAAAGAAAAGGUUCCCACCUUAUCUCAAUCUGCUCGAUCAGGUCUUCAGUUUCCUGUAGGUCGUAUUCAUCGUUAUUUAAAAGCAAGAGGACACAGCAAUGCACGCGUUGGAGCAAAGGCUGCAGUCUACACGGCUGCCAUUCUCGAAUAUCUUACAGCUGAAGUUCUUGAAUUGGCAGGUAAUGCUACAAAGGAUCUCAAAGUCAAGCGUAUCACACCCAGACAUUUACAGUUAGCUAUUCGUGGUGAUGAAGAACUUGACGCGCUCAUUAAGGCUACUAUUGCAGGCGGUGGUGUUCUUCCUCACAUUCACAAAUCCCUUAUUGGAAACACAAAGACCGGAAAGAAGAUUUAAACGAGAAACAAAACAAAAAGACACACACACACAGAGAGAGAAACGAAAACAAAACAUUCUCCUUCAACUUAUGCUACCUUUUUUUAUUUUUUAUUUUUUUUUUGUAAUCGUUCUUUUUUUUUAAAAAUUCUAUUAAAACCUUUCCAUUUUAAUACAUGCUAAUUCCCACAUUACCUCUUCCAAAGGACAUUAAACUGCAUGACAACAUGCUGUUGUAUCGCGAAACCACUCCACUAUACCUUUGAGCUUGUUAUCAUUACACAAUGCAUCGCAAACAGAUACCAUCUUCCUUAGAAACUCUGUAUGUAUCUAAAAUAAAAAUCAGGGCACAACUCUUCCCGUGCGGAAUGUUUUAUUUUU